AUGUUCGGUCGUUCCGUUAUUCGCGCUGCCACUACCGCGGCACGCGCUACGCCAAUUGCCCAGCAGGCUGUUCCCCUUGUCACCAAGGUCGUUCCCCUUGUUACAAAGGCCACCCGCGCUUCGUUCACGUCUGGCGCGAAGCUCCGUGAGCCUGUUGAGAUCAUUUCUGAGCGUGAAGUUCCUACCUCUUCCUACGCUGGCGGCGAGGCCCAGCACUCCACCAUCAAGGUUAAGGAUGAGGUUGUUGUGCCAUUGACCCGUGAGAUCUAUGAUCGCAUGACUCCAAGCAUGCAGAAGAUGACUCUCAUGGACAAGGUGGUGAUGGUUACUGGUGGUGCUCGUGGUCUUGGAAACAACAUGGCCCGCGCUUGUAUUGAGGCUGGUGCUAAGGCCAUUAUCAUCAUUGACGCCAACCAGGAUCUCGGUGACGCCGCUGCUGCUGAGCUUCACAAGUUGACUGGUAACACCGUCCCAGUUGAGUUCUUUAAGGUCGAUGUCCGUGAUGGUGGAGCAAUCGAGGAUUGCGUGAAUGCAGUUGUUGAGAAGUACGGAGCUCCUGAUGUCUUGAUCAACUCCGCAGGUAUCGCUGACUCCAACAUUCCUGCUGAGACCUACGAUCACGUCAUGUUCAGACGCUUGAUUGAUAUCAACCUUACGGGUUCCUUCUUGAUGGCCCAGACUGUGGGUAAGGCUAUGAUGGCCGCAAAGAAGCCCGGAUCCAUCGUCUUGGUUGCUUCUAUGUCCGGCAUCAUUGUCAACUACCCCCAGGAGCAGUCAUGCUACAACGCCUCUAAGGCUGGUGUUAUCCAGCUUGGCAAGUCCCUCGGAGCCGAAUGGGCCAAGUACAACAUCCGUGUCAACUGCAUCAACCCUGGUUACAUGGACACCGCUCUGAACAAUGUCCCCGCCCUCGACGCCCAGAAGGUCAUCUGGAAGUCUCUCACUCCUCAAAACCGCCUCGGUGCCGUCGACGAUCUUAACGGUCUCGCCGUCUUCCUCGGCUCUGACGCAUCCGGCUUCAUGACCGGCUCAUCCGUCACCAUCGACGGAGGAUACACUCUUUACUAG